AUGUUGACCCUUGCAGAACUUGUUGAACGGUCUCGCCAGCCUCGAGCUGAAUCGCAGACACGGUCUUCACCGGAGCUGCUCCCACAGAAUCUCGACGAGGACGGGGCGCAAGGGGAUGGUCCACAGGAUGAUGCUCAAUCACAGUUUUCAUCGCGGUCGACUCCAUUCAUUGAAGAAGAUGCACUCACCCAGCGGAGCUCCAGUCCUGCCCCUUCAGUUUUCUCGGUGUCAACGUCAGCAAGUGUCACCCGUAAACGGCCAGCAGAGGAUUAUUCCGACUUCGUCAAGCAAUUAUCGCGAGAGAAGCGCUUGAAGAAAGAAGAUUCGAGCAAGCUGCUGGCGCAAUCUCAGCGCUCGGAGCAAGAGCGACACCUCGCGCUCUAUGCCGAGAUCCUUUCCCUCAAGGAAAAGCUCUCGAACAUCGCACCUGCAGAGGCCAAAAUAUCGCUCACCGACGCUGCAAAGACUUCACUCGAUAACCUUUGCUUCAAGGCAUUGAUUGAUCCAUCGGCUGCGGCCUACAUUGCUUCGCCACAGGUUCCCGACGGCGUGAAGGCUCAGUUCGUGAGCGAACUCUCGGACGACGUCAAGAACAAUUCCGCAUAUCUCAACGCUGCACUCACUCGCAUCCACGAGCAGCUUUCCAAUCAACGAUGUUCCAUCAAGGCUGCGAUCUUUGGCUCUAUUUUUACGAAGUCAGAAGACGAUAGUGCGAAGACGAUGUGCGACAAGCCGCUCGACAUUCUGGCCCUUACGAAGAAAGUUCUGAAGAUCCGCAAGCCUGCACGAGCAGUUGUGACCAUUGAUCAUUGCGUCCGAAUGGCGUUCUUGCGUCACUCUGCUGUCAUGGCAUCGAAAAGCCCGAAGGCUCUGCAAGACUGGUGGCGUUACGUUGACAGUGAAUUGAAGAGCCUGCGAGAGGAGCACGGGGAAGGGGCAGGGAUUAUCAAAGUGAGUCCUUCACGGAUGUGCUAUUUUCUCGAUCUGAUUUUUGGUUCUUUCAGAGUUUUCGUUGCCAUCCUUGAGCAGGAUUACGAACACUUCGGGAAGGUGGACCUUACGGACCUCGAUGAUUAA